AUGGCAGUGAUCGUCAACAAAGAUGAAGCUCCUAACAUCCAUGUACUUCCUUCUCGUAUAGUCAAUGCUGCAAAAAAGAGCAAUUUAUAUGCCUUCAUUCUGGUAUACAAAUCGACACAAAAACUACGCUGCACCAAAGCACCAACACCAAAGUCCGCGAUGGCUAAGCAAAGAAUAAGAAUAUACGAAGGUGUCCGCAUUGAUGGCGUCUUGACAAAAGUCAAAAUGAUCAAGAAGUUCAAGACGCAAGCCACAAGGGAGCUGCAAGCGUUGAUAAUAAUCAGUGAAAUAGCAAAACCCGCUUCAAGUCUUGUUGGGACACCUGUUAUGCGAACGCCUUCGUAUAUUCUUAUUCUUUGUUUAGCCAUCGCUGACUUUGGUGUUGGUGCUGUGGUGCAGCCGGUUAAUUGCGUUGCAUUAUUGUUGACCCAAACCACAGACAAUGGAUCACUUUAUUAUAAAACUUUGAAUAGAAUACAAAGGGGAAGUGUAUGGAUUUUAGCGAGCUCAUCUUUCCUGACGAUUACUGCCAUCACCAUCGACCGGUUCCUUGCUAUUCACUUGCAUCUGAGAUAUCAAGAACUUGUUACAACCAAGCAGUCGUGUUUAGUUGUUUUCRUUAUUUUCAUUACAAGUCCGUUUGGAGUUUUCUCUGCACAGUAUUUUGUAGCCAGAAUAAUCUAUAUUUUCGCUUUACUGGUUCUCUUAUGGCUUAACAUAACCCUGAUGGUGAAAAUUUCUCGAGCCGUAAGAAAACAUUCGGCAAGCAUCCAUGCACAAGAGCAAUCAAUACAGAACAGCUUGAACCUUCCACGGUACAAGAAAACUGUGAAUACAAUGCACUUUAUCAUGGGGACAUUUGCAGUUUGUUACAUUCCCGUUGCUAUUGUGAACAUUGCACAAAGUUUAUUAGAUUCCAAAGCACUAUCGAUUCAUCGUCGUGGGUCAUUACCUAUUGCAAUGUAUUUAACCAACACUUUAAUGUUUAUUAACAGUUCUUUGAACCCCAUCAUCUACUUCUGGAGAAUACAAGACAUGCGAAAUGCAGUUAUGCAGCUGUUUCGAAACAUGCGAUGUCUACACCAUGAACAUUAAAAGACGCUAGGAUAAUCGCUUUCGUCGAUUACUGUUCCGCAAGAGAAUUUUCAUUCAAAAAAAUGUAUCACCGGAAUUUCGGCAAAUUUUUACCUUCUCUGGAAUUAUCGGAGCCUUUUAUAUUUUACU